UGAAAUUGACACAGAGAGACAGAGAGAAGAGCCCAGUGCAGAGCCACACAGAGAAGCGAGGCAGCUGUAGAGCCGCUCCACUCCCCCAAUGCAUUAACAGCCCCGAUGCGCUGCUAAGCAGGGGCUUCGGGUUUUCUCCCCCCCCCCCCCAUCUCAACUUUGCCCGACUUUCUGCUUUUUUAAAAUUAUUAUUUUGGUGGUCGGGGGCUGGGGGUUCGCAGUUAGCAGGAUGCCAACCUCCGCUGCCAUCCUUCCGAUCGCACUGCUUAUGUGCUCAGUUCGGGCACCGACAGCGGAUGCUGAAGGGAGAAUACCCUCGUGUAGGACUGGAUUUUCUGAAGAUGUGUAUGCCGCGUUUAUUUCAAGGAGUGUUUUAGAAGGCCAGAGUUUUCUUAAAGUGCAAUUUGAUGACUGUGCUGGGAAUCGGGGAAUUCAUUUCGAAAGCAGUGACCCUGACUUCAAAGUGGGGACAGAUGGCACCUUGUAUGCAGCCCACUCAAUGCAGAUCCCCUCAAAGCAAGUAAAGUUUGCAGUGACCGCACAGGAUGCCAGGGCCCAGGACAAAUGGGAAACAGUGGUCAAGCUUCUUGUAGAAGCACAGGGAAAUUCGAUGCACAAUGUACAAAAGAAUGGAAGGAAAAAUAUGCCUCCUGAGUCUGAACAGCAUCUUGAUGAUACGCUGUUUCCAUGGCGCCAACAGCAGAGCUCUAAUGGGCUGAAACGACAGAAGAGAGAUUGGGUCAUUCCUCCAAUUAAUGUGCCAGAAAAUUCCAGAGGGCCCUUCCCCCUCCAACUGGUUCGGAUUCGGUCAGAUAAAGACCGGGAGAUCCAGAUCCGGUACAGUAUCACUGGGCCUGGAGCCGAUCAGCCACCCAUGGAGGUUUUUAGUAUUGAUCAAGUUGCUGGUAAAAUGCAUGUAACGAGACCGUUGGAUCGUGAGGAUAUUGCAUCUUUUCACCUGAGAGCACAUGCAGUUGACAUGAAUGGGAACAAGGUGGAAAACCCAAUUGACCUUUACAUCAAUGUUAUUGAUAUGAACGAUAACAGACCAGAGUUUGUGAACCAUGUGUACAAUGGAAGUGUGGCUGAAGGAUCAAAACCAGGUUCGUAUGUCAUGACAGUAACUGCCAAUGAUGCUGAUGACCCAACUACAGCCAAUGGUAUGGUGAGAUAUCGAAUCUUGUCCCAGUCUCCCAUCAGCCCAUCACCAAAUAUGUUCACCAUCAACAGUGAGAAUGGAGAUAUUGUUACCGUAGCUGCUGGACUUGACCGAGAGAAAGUUGCACGAUACACAAUCAUCAUUCAAGCCACUGAUAUGGACGGGAACCUGAACUAUGGUCUCUCCAAUACAGCAACUGCACUUAUUAUUGUGACCGAUGUGAAUGACAAUGCUCCAGAAUUUACUACUGCCACAUUUUAUGGAGAAGUUCAAGAGAAUAAAAUAGAUGCAGUUGUUGCUAAUUUGACAGUCACUGAUCGAGACCAGCCACACACUUCAAACUGGAACGCAGUGUACCGGAUUGUCAGUGGAGACCCUGCUGGCCAUUUCAUUGUUAAAACUGAUCCUGUCACCAAUGAUGGCAUCGUUACAGUGAUAAAGCCAGUGGAUUAUGAAAUUAACAGGGCCUUUGUGCUGACAGUGGUGGUAAUGAAUCAAGCACCUCUAGCAGCUGGAAUUCAGUCUUCACUCCAUUCCACAGCAACAGUUGCUAUCUCUGUCACAGAUGUCAAUGAAGCUCCAUUUUUCAUUCCAAAUCCCAAACUGAUCAGGCAAGAGGAAGAGAUGCCUGUAGGCACGCUGCUGACAACAUUUGCAGCUCAAGAUCCUGACCGCUUUAUGCAGCAAGCUGUACGAUAUUCUGAAUUAUCCGAUCCUGCAAACUGGCUGAACAUUAAUGCCACAACUGGUCAGAUCACAACCACAGCAGUCCUGGACAGAGAGUCGAUCUUUGUUAAAGAUAAUGUAUAUGAAGCAAUGUUCCUGGCAGCUGACAAUGGCAAUCCUGCAUCAAGUGGCACUGGUACCGUUCAGAUUUACCUCAUUGAUGUUAAUGAUAAUGCACCUGAGCUGAUUCCUAAGGAGGCCCAGAUUUGUGAAAAGCCUAAUCCAAAUGCAAUCAACAUCACAGCAGGCGAUGCUGAUAGAGAUCCAAAUACAGGUCCCUUUGUGUUUGAGCUGACAAAUAAGCCAUCCGGCGUCAAGAGAAACUGGACAAUCACCCGUUUAACUGGGGACUCUGCUCAGCUCAGUUUGAGGAUUGGUUUCUUGGUCGCUGGUGUAUAUGAUGUUCCAAUCAUAAUCACAGAUUCUGGUAAUCCUCCAUUAUCUAGCACCUCUGUUAUUAAAGUGAAAGUCUGUCCUUGUGAUGAACAUGGAGAUUGUACAGCUAUUGGUGCUAUUGCAGCUGCUGGAUUGGGCACGGGAGCCAUUAUUGCAAUUCUUAUAUGCAUCAUCAUUUUGUUAAUUCUUGUCCUGCUGUUUGUCGUGUGGAUGAAACGCAGAGAUAAGGAACGACAGACAAAGCAACUUCUGAUUGAUCCAGAGGAUGAUGUCAGAGACAAUAUUCUGAAAUAUGAUGAAGAAGGUGGCGGUGAAGAGGAUCAGGAUUAUGACUUGAGCCAGCUUCAGCAACCAGAUUCACUGGAUCCUGGAUUAGCAAAAGCUCCUGGGAUCAGGCGGGUUGAUGAGCGACCUAUUGGUGCUGAGCCACAGUAUCCGCUGCGACCAACCGUUCCUCAUCCUGGAGAUAUCGGAGACUUCAUUAACGAGGGCCUCAGAGCAGCGGAUAAUGACCCCACAGCCCCACCCUACGAUUCCCUCCUGGUUUUUGAUUAUGAAGGAAGUGGUUCAACUGCAGGUUCAGUCAGCUCCCUGAACUCAUCCAGCUCUGGUGACCAUGAUUAUGACUAUCUUAAUGACUGGGGACCUCGAUUCAAGAAGUUAGCAGACAUGUAUGGUGGUGGAGAAGAUGACUAACAGUAUAUUAGAAAUGAAGGAACUGUACAAAUAAAAGAGGCAUCUUUUUCAUUAAUAUUCCCUGCUGACCAUAAUAUUUUAGUGGUGUGUGUUAGUUUUUUUUUAUUUUAGAACAUGAGCUGUUAGCAUGAAUGCUUGUUGUCUUUUUAUGCAUAUUUUUGGUCAGUCAGCAGGAAUAUCGCUCAACUUUGCUUUACAACUAAAGAGGAAAGGCGCUCUUUAUUAACUUGAAUUUCUUAGUACAGAAGCACUGUUUUUAAAGUGCCUUUUUGGUACAUUUUAUCGGAUUCCCUCAAUCUCAGGAGCGAUUAAAAUUCAACCAUCUAUUGAUCCCUGGUCCAGUAUUGACCACGAAGAGAAAAUGAACAAAUCGGUUUGUUUCCACACUGGUGAAUGGACAAACUUUCCUUUUUUGCCUUUUAAACUAUUGGUGUGUAAGAUACAUUAAAAAAAACUGUAUAGAAACACAUGUAUUAACAGCCAUGUUUAAAACUGAGCAGUGGGUGGCUAAUCACAUUGUAUAUGUUGUAUAGAGCUUAACAUUGAAAUCUAAUUGUCAAGCAGUGUAAAAAAAAGACAGGAAAGAACAUUCUGAAGGAACUGGUUAGACUUCAUUAGCAUUAAGGCCAUUUCCUUUCAACUCUGAAGUAGAAUAGACAUCCGAUUAAAGUAACUUAAUUUUUUUUAAAGCAUUGUUGCCCACUUGAUUUCAUUCUGUAGAGUGUACAUAAUGUUACACAGCUUGAAGCAAACAUCAUCUAGUUAAUGUUAUAUGUAUAAUUGGAGCUUUCUUCUUUUCCUUUUUUUGCAUGUUUUUUUAAUAUUGAAAGCGUAGGUGCUCGCAUGGCUGUGGUUGUUUCAAACAACGAUUUCUUCUCGUGUUGGGUGUUCAUAUUUCAACACAAAUCAUUGCACAGUUAGAGGAAACUUUUUUUGUAAUGGUCAACAGCACAAAUAUUUUGUAUCGUUGUUUGUACCAUUUUGUACCAAAAAAAAGGGAAGGUAGUAAAAGUUUUGAAUGCGUGUUUCAAGUGCCACUGCAGUUAUGGUUAAACUGAGUAACAGCUUUGCAAAUUUAUUGUGUACCAGAGCUGAAUCGGUGCAUUUGCUCCUGGCCCCUCAGUGUUAUAAAUAAAGUUCCCCUUUUAAAACACUGCUUUGUUUUCAAUUCCUUUCGGUUUUUGCUAUUUUUGGAAAACAUUAAACACUAUGUUUACAGUGAUUAUUUAACUGAGUAUCUGGCCUUCUUUCAGUGAUUCAGAUACUACAAUGAUUCUGUCUAUUUUGUGUGCGUCAAAAAAACUGUAUUCUGCCUUUAAUAAUUUUGGACAACUGAAUUUUGAUCUGAAUUCUUCUUCAAAUAAAGGUUGUCAGGUAACAUUGUAGUUAUUGUUGUGCAGAAAAUGGCAUAACAUGGUAUUUCAGGCACAAUUAUUUUCUGUGAAAGCAGCCUGUUGUUCAUUUUACUUAUACCGAUAGCCAAAUUGAGAAGACUGACUGAGAUAAUGUAAAGUGUGUUAAAGUAGUUUCUAUUACAAUGAAACAGAAAAAUUCCAAGGGGAGAACUCACCAUCUAUGGUUAACUAAAAACAGUCGAAAAUAGUGUCAAACUUAAAAACUUACCUGCUAAGUUUUGUUAACUAAUGUUAAGAAUGUAAAAGACAGAAUGUAAAACAUCAAAGAAUGGCUAAAAGAAUAAAUCAGGGGAAAAAAAUUGGAGCCGAAGAGAAAGAAAGCUGAAAAUGUAAAACAUACGGUAAAAGUUUGAAGCAAUGUCAUUAAAAAGAAAGUUGUGUUGGUCCUGUAGACAUUAAAUAAGGACUUAGUGAAUGAAUUGAACAGAUAUUUUGUAUUGAUCUUCACCAUAAAGGAUAUCGGAAAUAUCCUAAAAAUAAAUAUAAGUCAAGAAAUGACACUGAGGGAGGAACUGAAGAAAAUUACAAUCACCAGGGAAGUAGUACUGAGCCACUUGUUGGACCUCUGAGGUGACAAGACCACUGGUCCUAAUGGACUUCAUCCUAGGAUAUAAAAAGGGAAUAGUUGAUAAGUUGGUUUAAAUUUUCAAAAUUCCCUAAAUUCAAGGAAUGUUCUAUUAGAUUGGGAAGUAGUGAAUGUGGAGGGGAAGGGUCAGAGAUAUCCCUGAAAAAUUUCUCAGAUUACAUCAGUCUGUAAAGUCCACAAGAAUGAAUAAGCAUCUAGAAACCAAAAAUGUAUAUGGCUCACCACACACAAACAUAGGACAGAAGUCAGACCCUGAUUGGAAAUACCAAAAUAUGUCAGAAGUUUAAAUGUGACUGGGAGAUUAGCUUAGCAUGUAUUUAUCUAUUCUAGUGGAAGAAUAGCUAGUCAAGGGGAAAAAUCAUUACAGUGGAAAACAGUUCUGAUGUUAGAAAUGACAAGGCUAAGAAAGGAAAAGAACAGAAGUAAAACCUUGCUAACCAACAAUCAUCUUGGACUGCUCCCCUGAGAAUUGAGCAUUUAUGUAAAGAACAGUGUAAGGUAUAUCUAAGUGUUUUUUCCAGUUGUGCUAAAAGUUUAAAAACAAGGCAAUGUUCUGUUUGGUGAUUUUACGGUAAAUGUUGGCUAUUAGGAAAGUGUUUAGUUAAUAGUGCAUUUAAUUUUUUAUUUGAGGAAAUAUCCUAAAAAUGCGAAAUCUUUGUUAACUGUAAGUUUGAAUGUCU